GCCGGCUGGACACGCACCGCCGCCCCGCAGCCUCGCCUCACUUUGCCCGGUCCGGUGCGGCCGCCACGGGUGUAAAAACCGCACCCCUCGUGGAUCCUCAUCGUUGCCGGUGUGCUGGCGACGCUGUCCCCGUAGUUGAGAUGAAUAAGGAAGUGAUGUCCCGCGUGGAGAAAAAGAGGUUGGCGGAUCCCAAAGUGGUCCAGUAUGUGUGGGCUGCCAUCGAGGUUAUCCGCAACCAGAAGCAAAUUGCCAACAUGGAUCGUAUCUCCAAGUACCUGAGCCGCGUUUUCGGCAUGCAUCCGAAGGAGACAGCCCGACAGCUGAGCCUGGCCGUGAAGGAUGGCCUGGUGGUGGAGACACUCACUGUGGGCUGUAAGGGCUCCAAGGCGGGCAUCGAGCAGGAGGGGUACUGGCUGCCCGGAGACGAGAUGGAGCCUCAAGGGGAGGGAAGCAAGGAGGGGGAGCUGGGUGAAGCCAACAUGUGCUAUCCCGCGUGUCCUCCUCAGGAGUGGGAGGCCGAGAGCCACGACUGGUACUGUUUCCAGUGCCACCUGCCGGGCGACGUGCUGCCCUGCGACAACUGCUUCCGCGUCUUCCACCUCAAGUGUCUGUCGGAGGACGGCCGGCCCCGCGAUGCCGGCUCUCACUGGCAGUGCGUCUUCUGCAGGGGGAGUAAAAAGAAGAACCUGAGCAAACAGGAGAUGUGCAAAUAUCUGCGCUUCAUUGUCCAGCGGAUGAAGGAGAGGGCGGUGGACCUGAACAAGAAAAGCAAAGACACCAAGCAUCCCAUGUACAGAAGACUUAUCCACACUGCGCUUGACGUCUCCAACAUCCACGAGAAUCUGACUGAGGGGAAGUACAAGAACUUUGAGGACUUCAAAGCCGACGCCCAGCUGAUUGUUCACAACACGGCUAUCUUGUAUGGAGUUCACAGUGACCAGGCAGAGAUCGCCCGUCUCCUUUUCAGCGACACCUGUCAUGAGCUGAAUGAGUUGUUGCUGUGUAAGAACUGUUUCUACCUUUCCAACGCCCGCCCCGACAACUGGUUCUGUUACCCCUGUAGUCCAAGUCACGACCUGGUGUGGGCCAAGAUGAAAGGUUUUGGCUACUGGCCGGCCAAAGUGCUGCAGAAAGAAGACAACCAGGUGGACGUGCGCUUCUUCGGCCACCAGCACCAAAGGGCGUGGAUUCCUUCAGACAACAUCCAGGACAUCAAGGUGAGCGUGCAGCAGCUGCAGGUGAAGCGCAGUAACGGCUGGAAAAAAGCCUGCGACGAACUGGAAGUCUACCAGCGCUUCCUCAAGGAGGGACGAUUCUGGAAAACUAAACUCGAGGAAGGAGGCUGUGACGAAGGAGGUGGAGGCGGCGGUGGACAGAGUCAGAGCCCGAGGAAGUCACAGAAAGACGGCAACCAGCGGACGGACAGGACGCCGAGGACGGUGAAGACGGAAAAGACACAGAUCCCGGACCUGUUGGAGAGAAUGCAGGGGUCGAGGACUGAGAGAACGGACAGGAGCGAAGAAGCCGAGUCAAGCAUCUCUUCCACCAGCAACGAGCAAGUCCGACAGAUGAAAAGCAGCCAGGAGCCAAAAGCCAAGAAAAGCCGACGGACUCAACAAGUGGAGCCCAAAGAAGAAGCCAGUGACCCCGAGCCCGAGAUGGAGGCAGUGAGCUCGAGCCAAGAGAUCCCGGUGUCGUCUGCCCCGCCGCCACCCGAGAAGCAGUCUGUGUCGACGCAGACCAAGAAGGCGAGCGGCGGGUCGCCUCGCACCCUCCACCGCGGGACACAGACCAGCUCAGACGGCACGGCUUGUCAGAACAUGUGUCACGAGAAGUACACCAAGGUCUUCAACGAUGUCAAGGAGAUGAUGAAGGCCGACAACAAGCGCGAGACGGAGCGCGUGGUCCGAGAAGCUCUGGAGAAGCUACGCGGCGAGAUGGAGGAGGAGAAGCAUGAGGCGGUGAGCAAGGCGGUGGGUGCUGCUCAGGCCGAGAUGGACAGGAAGUGCAAGCAGGUGAAGGACAAGUGCAAAGAGGAGCUGGUGGAGGAGGUCAAGAAGCUGGUGGCGCAACACAAACAACUAAUCUCGCAGACCAAGAAGAAACAGUGGUGUUACAACUGUGAGGAGGAGGCCAUGUACCACUGCUGCUGGAACACGUCGUACUGCUCCAUCAAGUGUCAACAGGAGCACUGGCACGCCGACCACAAGCGCACCUGCCGUAGGAAGAGAUGAACUGGACACCCCCCCCCCCCCACACACACACACAGGGGGACCCCCCCCCGCACGCCAUUGGCUCGCACCCCUUCCUCGAACUUCAGUCAGUGUCUGCAACACACACACACACAUCUUGCCUUCCUUUGUGGCUCUGAUGUUUUUCACCUUUUUUUAAUUUUGUAUUAUUUAACGCUGUUUUUAUGUAGUGGCAAUAUUUGUCUUUGUUUCUUGUGUCACAAAAUGUUAUUUAAGUGUGUGCAGUAUUCACGAGCAUUUAAUCUUUUUUAUGACUUUUUUUUUUUUUUUACGCAGCAAACGUGAACAUUGCUUUCAUCGAGAGAAAAGACGAGGUGGUGAAAAAAAAACGUGAAAAAGACAACUAGCGGAUGACAGGCAGGCGGACUCCUUUUUAGCAAUCAAUCCUUCCUACCUAAAAUCCCCCCCAAAAAACGUACUUAUUAUUGGGGACAGGGUCACAGCAUCAUUGCUGACUUAACAAAUUUUCCCUUGUUUUUAAUUAUUCUGCACAGUCGCGGUUUUUUAUUUUUUUUAUUUGCUUUUCAACACUAAAUUGAGUCAUAAAUAUAUAUAUUUUUAAUUGUAACAUGGCUAGGAUUUGUACAAAGGAAACAAGUAGUGCUGAGUGUCAUGCACCUUGGGCAUGAUUUUAAUAAAAAAAAAGAAAAAUCAAGAAUGAAAUAAAAAAAAAAUAUGCGAAUGACAGAUGGACGAUAUCAAAUAAUAUGCAAAUGAAAUGACGCCAUAAGUUUUUUUUUGUUGUUGUUUUUCUCUGUGAUGAAGACGGACGGACUGAACGGAGAGAAAAUAGAAUGAUUUGUUCGUUUGUUAUAGUUUUAUUUUUAAUCAUAUGGAACAUUUGUUAGCCUAAAUUCUCUAAUGCGUGCUCUCUUCUUGCCUGCACUACAUGUAAAUAACAUGUUCCUGCCCCCCGCGUCAUGUAUGAUGUAUUUGACAACCUGAAUGACUUCUUUUUAUCAGCAUGGUGAGUGCACAAGCUGCUUCUCCUCGUUUUCUUCUUGCUUUUACUUUUCUAUUGCUGGGGUUCUCAAACUAGGGGGUACCAGGACCCCCGGAGGUCCACGAGCAAUCAAUGAUGUCGUAUCUUUUACAUACUAAAACACUGACUCCUCCCUACCUUAUAUUUCGGCCAAUUUAAAGCUGUGAUGCUGCUGUGUUUUAUCAUCACAAACAUUGGGCAAAAAAGUAUACUUACUUCCCUCGUUAAACUUUGAUUUUAAUUCUGAAUAGGGAUGGUACGUGAUUCUGGCAGUUUGAUAACCGGGAGCAAAAAUAUUGUGGUGUGUGUGUACGUUUUUAUAUAUAUAUAUAUAUAUAUAUAUAUAUAUAUAUAUAUAUAUAUAUAUAUAUAUAUAUAUAUAUAUAUAUAUAUAUAUAUACAUACACACACACACACACACACACACACACACACAGUGGGUACGGAAAAGUAUUCAGACCCCUUAAUUUUUUCACUUUUUUAAAUUGCAGCCAUUUGCUAAAAUCAUUUAAGUUAAUUUUUUCCCCUCAAUGUACACACAGCACCCCAUAUUGACAGGAAAAAAAACAGGAUUGUUGACAUUUUUGCAGAUUUAUUAAAACUGAAAUGUCACAUGGCUGUAAGUAUUCAGACCCUUUGCUCAGUAUUUAGUAGAAGCCCCCUUUUGAGCUAAUACAGCCGUGAGUCUUUUUGGGAAUGAUGCAACAAGUUUUUCACACCUGGAUUUGGGGAUCCUCUGCCAUUCCUCCUUGCAGAUCCUCUCCAGUUCUGUCAGGUUGGAUGGUGAAUGUUGGUGGGCAGCCAUUUUCAGGUCUCUCCAGAGAUGCUCAAUUGGGUUUAAGUCAGGGCUCUGGCUGGGCCAUUCAAGAACAGUCACGGAGUUGUUCUGAAGCCACUCCUUCGUUAUUUUAGCUGUGUGCUUUUCAAGACAAGGUUUUCGUCCAGGAUAUCCCUGUACUUGGCGCAUUCAUCUUUUCUUCGAUUGCAACCAGUCUCCGUGUCCCUGCAGCUGAAAAACAUCCCCACAACAUAACAUGAUGCUGCCAACACCAUGCUUUACUAUUGGGACUGUAUUGGACAGGUGAUGAGCAGUGCCUGGUUUUCUCCACACAUGCCACUUAGAAUUAAGGCCAACAAUUUUUCUCUUGGUCUCAUCAGACCAGAUAAUCUUAUUUCUCACCAUCUUGGGAGUCCUUCAGGUGUUUUUAUUUAGCAAACUCCAUGCAGGUUGUCAUGUGUCUUGCACUGAGGAGAGGCUUCCGUCGAGCCACUCUGCCAUAAAGGCCCGACUGGUGGAGGGCUGCAGUGAUGGUUGACUUUGUAGAACUUUCUCCAAUCUCCUGACUGCAUUUCUGGAGCUCAGCCACAGUGUUCUUUGGGUUCUUCUUUACCUCUCUCACCAAGGCUCUAUUCCCACGAUUGCUCAGUUUGCUCCCACGAUUGCCGGACGGCCAGCUCUAGGAAGAGUUCUGAUCGUCCAAAACGUCUUCCAUUUCAGGAUUAUGGAGGCCACUGUGCUCUUAGGAACCUAAAGGGCAGCAGAAUAUUUUUUGUAACCUUGGCCAGAUCUGUGGCUUACCACAAUUCUGUCUCUGAGCUCUUCAGGCAGUUCCUUUGACCUCAUGAUUGUCAUUUGCUGUGACAUGCACUGUGAGCUGUAAGGUCCUAUACAGACAGGGGUGUGUGUGGCUUUCCUAAUCAAGUCCCAUCAGUAUAAUCAAACACAGCUGGACUCCAAUGAAGGUUUAGAACCAUUUUAAGGAUGAUCAGAAGAAAUGGACACCCGAGUUAAAUAUGAGUGUCACAUCAAAGGGUCUGAAUACUUAUGGCUGUGUGAUAUUUCAGUUUUUCUUAUUUAAUCAGCAAAAAUUUACACAAUUAAGUUUUUUUUCUGUCAAUAUGGGGUGCUGCGUGUACAUUGAGGGAAAAAAAUUAACUAAAAUGAUGUUAACAAAUGGCUGCAAUAUAACAGGGUGAAGAAUUUAAGGGGGUCUGAAAACUUUCCGUACGCACUGUGCGUGCGUGCGUGUGUGUGUGUGUAUAUAUAUCCCUUUCUUGACUCAUGUGAUCUGAAAUGACAUCCUAUUCUUACUCCCUAGGGUUUACUAUAACAUCGGUCCACCUUUUACAGCUAUAACAGCUUUAACUCUUCUGAGAAGAGUCUCCAUAAGGUUCAGGUGUGUGUGUAGGGAAUUUUUGACCAUUCUUCUAGAAGCGCAUUUGUGAGGUCACACAGUGAUGUUGGGCGACAAGGCCUGGCUCUCAGUCUCCGCUCUAAUUCAUCCCAAAGGUAUUCUAUCAGGUUGAGGUCAGGACUCUGUGCAUGCCAGUCAAGUUCAUCGAUACCAAAUUCCCUUAUCCAUGUCUUUAUGGACCUUCCCUUGUGCAUUGGUGCACAGUCAUGUUGGAACAGAAAGGGGCUAUCCUCAAACUAUUCCCACAAAGUUGGGAGCAAUGAAUUGUCCAAAAGCUCUUGGUAUGCUCAAUCCUUAGAGUUCUUUUCACUGGAACUAAGGAGCCAAUAUUUUGGAUAAUUCCAUGCUCCCAACUAUGUGGGAACAGUUUUUCCAUUUUUAACAUGGCUGUGCACCAGUGCACAAAACAAGGUCCAUCAAGACAUGGAUGACGGUCUGCUGUGGAUAAACUUGACCUGCCUGCACAGAGUCCUGCCCUCAACCCGAUAGAACACCUUUGAAAUGAUUUCAAGUGGCGAGUGAGCCAGAUCUUCUUGUCCAACAUCACUGUGUGACCUCACAAAUAUGCUCCUGGAAGAAUGGUCAAAAAUUCCCAUGAACACAACAUUAAGUAUUAUCUGUAUUAGUUUAGUUUUUUUCCAAAUAAUUAUUCUGAAGUUAAGCACUUAAUUUGAACACGUAAUACGUUUAUUUUUAUUUACUUUCUCUUAUUUUGAAAUACACAGCCCUACUUUAUUUAGUAAAUGAGAGAACACACAGUUGUGCUCAUAUGUUUGAUUACCCCGUCAGAAUUUGUAAGAUGUGUACAAUUCUUUAAAGAAAACAUGAAGGGACAGGCGAAACACAUUUAGUUUUAUUUUAAUGGGAAUCAAAUUAAACGGUGAAGCAUUUCAGAAAAGCAUUAUCAUCAAACACAAAACAUAACCAUAAAGAAAUUAAUGAUGGUUAUUGUUCAGUCAUCAGUCAUAUUUUAUAAUAAUAUUUAACAAAUUCUGCCAGGGUACGUAAACUUAUGAGAACUGUACAUAUAUGCAGUCAUACGUACCCCCGUCAUAUUGGAAUGAAAGUGUAGGCUACACAUUUUCAUAGCCUCUAGGUGGCGGUGGCAUAUUGAAAUGAAUGUGUACCGCUUUUUCAUAACCUCUAGAUGGCUGCAUACAUUUAUAAAAUGGGAACGUUUUUUUUUUUUUUUUUCAUUUUCCCCUAUACCGAUGUAUAAUGCGCACCAUUGAUUUUUGACCUUUUUUGAGGGGGGGAAUGCGCAUUAUAUGUGAGAAAUUACGGUAACUCAUUGUACUUUACGUUAUUCAAAGCAUUUAAAAAAAAAAAAAAAGACAAAGAAGACAUCUUAAAACAUUACAAAACAAAGAUAAAUAUAUACACACGCAUUAGGAUAAAAAACAGUGCAAGAAAGAUCUUUUAAAAGUCGCAAUUCCCUAAGUUCUUUAAAGAGUUUUCAACCUGGAUUUAAACACAUUGACACUUGGUGCUGACUUGACUUCUAUCUGUAACUUUCUUCCCAUUUGUGAGCAGCAUAGCAGUUAAAAGCUGUCUGUAGAUCUCAGAGCCCUACUUGGUUUAUAUUCUACUAGCAUUUGUUUCAUAUAUUCAGGACCUAAACCAUUUAACGAUUUAUAGACCAGUAGCAGAAAUGUGUCUAUUCUAAAGCUGACCGGGAGCCAGUGUAGAUCAUUUAGAAUUUGAUUAAUAUGUUCUGACCUCUUUGUUCUGGUCAGAACCUGAGCUGUUCAAUGCUCUUUUGGGAGGAGUCCAGUCAGAAGACCAUCCAAUGAAGGUGUAGAACCAUCUCAAGGAUGAUCAGAAGAAAUGGACAAAACCAGAGUUAAAUAUACGUAUGAGUGUCACAGCAAAGGGUCUUAAUACUUAUGACUGUGUGAUAUUUCAGUUUUUCUUUUUUAAUAAAUCUGCAAAACGUUCAACAAUUCAGUUUUUUUUCUGUCAAUAUAGUGUACAUUGAGGAAAAUCUUUUAACUUAAAUGAUUUUAGCGAAUGGCUGUAAUAUAACAAAGUAAAAAAUUUAAGGGGGUCUGAAUAUUUUCUGUACCCACUGUAGUGAGCAAAUACUUUAUUAGAGUUUACAUCCGCUAUAUUGGCCAAAUGCCAAAAUCAGAGGAAAAGCACAAUUUGUUAAAAUAAAAUAAGUUUCAGAAGUAAGUCAUUGACAUCAAUCACCCAGAUUUCAAUUGCAGUCUUAAAAUUUGAAAUGACACAAAUGGACUUAGCCCACUGUCUCUUGAUCCCCUAAAGUUUGAGAGCCCCAAUCUUCUACUCCUUCCUCCGUGUCAUUCCAGUGUGUAUGUAUGUGCAUGACUUUUUAUUUCUUUGUUUGGCUGAAGAUGAUUGUUGUCAACACUUAUGCAAUCAUAUUGGAAGUCAUUCUAGAAAAUCAUUUUCACAAACAAAUUGGAUUUGCCCCCCCCCCCCCCCCCCCCCAAAAAAUAUUUUUUUUUUAAAAAGGGCCACAAUGGACUCCAAAAAAAAAAAAAAAAAAAAGGGCCACAUUGGACUCUGCACAAAAUGUUGCAAAGCGCAUCAUCACUUCCUGUAUGUACGCCCAACAUCUUCAUGCUCCAUAAUGACUUGUUUUUUUAUGCUCUAGCUAGCAAUAUGUAUAUAAAUCUAUUCUAUGUGCUAACAUGGAGGAAAUAAAUGUAUCAAAAAGUUC